AAAAUGGGAAGAAAUAAAAUUGACAUUCAGUAUAUAAAAGAUGAUCGUAUUAGAAAUGUAAUUUUAUUUAAUUAAAUGCUCAUUCUACUAUUUUUAGAAGCAUUAUAUAAUUUAUAAACUUAUAAUUAUAUUUUAGAUCACUUUUAACAAAAGAAAAAAUGGAUUGUUGAAAAAGGCUUGUGAAUUAGCAGUGUUGUGCAACAUUAAAAUGCUUUUGUGUUUUACAGAUUUAAGUAAAAAUAUAAUAGAAAUUAUAUUUAGGUGGAACAGUCUACUAAUUUAUGUCAAAUGAGAAUAGUGAAAUGGAGUUAAUAUCAUCAAUUCACAAAAAGAUUUUCACAAAACUGGAUGUAAAUAUAAAUUGAUAAAUAUAAGUAUCCUGGAUUCUAAAAAAAAAAGGAUAAUGAAUCAUAAUCUGAGGCAGAAAGUGAAUAGAGUUUAGAAAAGAAGAAGACAAGAGCAUAAGAACAUUUAAAUUAAUAACAUUUAUUUAUUUAAUAAUCCUAACUUAUUUAGCAAAAUUAACAAUAUCUCUAGGGUUAAUAAUAAAUGAAAUUGAGAAAUAAAGUUAUAGAAAACAAUGAAAAACAAUAACAAUAAGAAUGCAGAAAAAUUGUUAAAUUGGAGGCUAAAUAAGAAGAUUGUGAACAAUAAAAAAGUAAAAUGUAAGUGAAAAGCAAAAAAAAUAAUGAUGAAAUAGCUUUUAAUGACAUUAUUGAUCAUCAAUAAGCUAGAAAUUUUGAUGAUCUCUAUUAAUGUGGUAAUUAAUUGGAUGAUUAAUCAAAUUCUCAGUAAGAUCAUCAAGAUUAUAAAUAAUAAAUAUCUAUGUUUACAUCAUCAAAUCCAAUAAAAUUGAUGAAAAUGGAUAGUUUACUUAAUGGUAAUAAUAAUAGUAAACCUCAUAAUUUUCUUAGUGAUUAAUACAAUAAGUUUUUUAACAAAGAUAGAGUAAGAUUUAAUUGUAUAUUUAGAUUGAUUCAUUAAAUAAUAGUAAGAUAUUGCAACCGAGUGUAUAAUUCAUAGUACCUCCCUAAGUUUAUUUUAACAUACCUCCAUCUCCGAUAAAUUAAGCUAUGAAUAAGGUUUAUGUUGGAGUUGAUGAACCAAUGGAUUUCAAUUUAGGUUAAUCUUAAUACACAGAUGGAUUUAAAAAAUAUACUAAAUGA